CAAGCAUGCAUACCAACGGUUUUUCUCAGCUGGUCCCACUCGUGUGGCUUGAAGUCCGCAUCCGACUCUGUCAAUAUCAACCUGUCCACCUCCGUUAUUAAGGGCAAAGGAGGGCUCGGGUCGCGAGUUGCCUCGCCCAUUUUCUUUCGGCUUCAGUGAUGAGUGAAAAGAAGUGAAUGAUGCUGGUGAUGCUGAUGCUGAUGCUGAUGCUGAUGCUGAUGCUGAUGCUGAGCCUCCGUCAAUGGCGCUUAUUGACUCGGCUCAGGGGGCGGUGUUCGGGUUGGGUGGGGCAAAGUGGCCAAUUGCCAAGUCGUCCCAGAUUUUCGUUUCGCAGUGUGUACAGUAGUGUAUGUCCGAAAGCCAGAAGCGAGCUUCGUUCGUCCGGGUUGAGGCUCAACUUCGACUUCGUGAUAAGUUGUCUGUUCAUUCACAAUCGAGUCCUUCUUCACUCGUCUCCACCGUUUCCUUCCCUCCUACUUUUUCAGCCUUGUAACCCUUUAAAAAUGGGUUGCCCUACCCCUCCCCUUCCUUUUCCACCCGAUCCCUGCGCUGUAAAAUCCGUCGUGUCAAGGAUGCCGACGUGAUUGGAGGACUGCGCAGAAACGGUGUAGGUGUAGUGCUCCGUACAGACCGUUGAUUGAAUGCAUCGCACACCGCCCUGUGGGUUGCAGUGGCGAGGGACUUUUGGUGGAAU